AUGGAAAUGGCGCGUCCUUCGUUAAUGUAUAAAAUGGACAAGCUUAGUGAGAAAAAUCAUCAAUCGCUCAUCAUCUAAGCAACGAUUAAAAUCAUGAAACGCUUCGUGGUCUUAGUAGCCGUCUUGGUGACUGUCAAUGGGCUUAGUGACGAGCUCAUUAACGAAUUUAAAGAAAAGGUCCAAACAAUAGGAAUGCAAUGUGCAGAACAAGAAAGUGCCACGGAUGAGGAUAUUCAGGCCCUAAUCAAACACGAAGCCCCUGUUACGCAUGGAGGCAAAUGUACAAUUUUCUGUACAAUGGAAAAACUUAACAUCAUAAAAUCAGAUGGUACCAUUGGAGAGGGAGAUGUGGAAUGGUUAAACAAAGCCAAAGAAGAUGAUUCAGAUUUCUAUGAGAAGUUACAAUCUGUCCACGAAUCAUGUAAAGAAACAGUUGAAAUUGCACCAGACAAAUGUGAUACUGCCUUUAAUUUGGCCAAAUGUGCAAAAGAAGCAGGCAAAAAGGCGGGCAUAGAUGUAGGUGAGGCGUAAAAUAUUAAUAUAGGAAGGACAAUUUAGAUUUAUAAUAAAUAAUAUAUACACUCAGUAAAAUAAACAGCAUUUUAAAAAUA